AUGAAGCCUUCAACCAUGAUACUACCUGCUUUCUUCGCAUUGCAUGUAAGCGCAGCACCAACAUACUACCAGCCACCACUUCUCAACACGACGACAUCCAUCAACUCUACUAGCAGCGACUUCAACCCUCUACCACCGUCAUCAUGUCUUGCCAAACUGGAAGGAACUCUCAAAGACCUCACCAGUUCAACCUUGUCCAUUCUGCUCGGAUCUUCAACCACUAUGCUCGGCUAUGCUUUCUGCGGAAUGACCAUGCCAGCAGAGACCUGGGAGACCUGUACAGACUAUGCCGUAAUUGCUGGCAGUGUUGUUGGUCUCAGUCACCUGGCGAUGUGGAAGUUUCCUGAGAUCCUCGACGAUCUGAACAUGUACGAUACAACUGUCAGACCUUGGGAGCAGGCUCCUGCCGCCUGGGGGUUGAAUGAAGGUCCGAAUGGCAAAGUUGAAGUCAAGCCUCGUGUGGAGCUGCCGAAAGCCAACUUAGGAGCAUGGCCUUGA